GCCCUGACACAGCAUGUUUGAAAAGCUCCUGCAGGCUCCUGCUUUGGCCUCCUGGUUGGGGCUUCUUGCAGGCUUGCUGGCCGUCUAUCUUUUGUACUCCAGUUGGACUUUCCAAGAUAAACAGAAGCGUCCUCCUGGGCCCAGAUGUCUUCCCUUGAUUGGUAACCUGCAUCAGUUGGACCUUCAGAGGCUUGAUAAGUCAAUUUUUAACUUGUCUAAAAGGUACGGACCGGUGUUUACCGUCUACGCCGGACUGAAAAAGGUGGUGGUCCUGGCUGGAAGCAAGACUGUCAGACAGGCUCUCAUCAACCAUGCUGAGGAGUUUGGGGAGAGAGAAACAAGCCCUUUAUUCCACGAUUUAACCAAAGGGCAUGGCAUUGUAUUCUCCAAUGGUGAUGGCUGGAAGGAAAUGAGGCGUUUUACCUUAACGACUCUGAGAGAUUUUGGGAUGGGCAAGAGACUCAGUGAGGAGAAAAUCACUGAGGAGUGUCACUACCUGAUUGAAGAGUUUGAAAAACAUGAAGGCAAAGCCUUUGACAACACAACCAUCAUGACCUACGCAGUUUCAAAUAUCAUUUCUGCCAUCAUAUUCGGAAAGAGGUUUGACUUCAAAGAUCCAGUCCUCCGAUACAUGGUGGAACAUGACAAAGAAAUCAUCCGUCUGGUUUCAUCAGUUUCCCUUGUGAUCUACAAUGUGUUUCCAAAGCUGGGUCCUUGGAUUAAAAACUGGAGGGAUUUAACCAAGAACGUGGAGGAUUUCAAGCAGCAUUUAUUGCACAUAAUAAACAAAUUAAGGGAGACUUUCAAUCCUGACAUAUGUCGGUGCUUUGUCGAUGCUUUCUGCACACGUAAGCUGAGUCUGGAGGAGUCUGAUGCUCAGAGGGUGCACUACCAUGAUGAAAACUUGACCAACAGCAUGAUGGAUUUGUUUGGGGCUGGAACUGACACAACAUCAAACACUCUUCGCUGGAGUCUACUUUUAAUGGCCAAGUACCCUCAAAUACAAGAUCGGGUCCAGGAGGAGCUUAGUAGGGUGGUGGGAGACCGUCAGAUCACAAUGGAGGACAGGAGGAACCUGCCUUACAUCGAUGCUGUCAUCCACGAGACGCAGAGGUUCGCCAACAUUGCCCCCACGUCCAUUCCUCACAGCACCAGCAGAGACGUCACCUUCCAGGGAUACUUCAUUGAAAAGGGGACCACUGUGCUCCCUCUGCUGACAUCUGUCCUCUAUGAUGAGAGUGAGUGGGAGACACCAAACACCUUCAACCCUUCCCACUUCCUGGACGAGGAGGGUAAAUUCAUCAGGAGGGAUGCUUUCUUGCCCUUCUCUGCAGGCCGCAGGGCUUGCAUUGGGGAAGGUCUGGCCCGGAUGGAGCUCUUCCUCUUCUUCACACACCUCCUCCAACGCUUUCGAUUCACCCCUGCACCCGGGAUGUCGGAGGACCAGCUGGAUUUGACCCCAGCGGUGGGCUUUACACUCUGUCCUCUACCACACCAGUUAUGUGCUGUGAGUCGCCACUGAGGAGGAGUUGUUUGGAUAAAAGUAUUAGGAGUGUCUAAUAUCUUUGCACUGAGUUUGUAAAUUUAGGAUCAAUGAUUAACAUUAUAAUGGGCCAAAAUAUCAAAAGACUGCAAAGAAAUAUGACAUUUUGAAUGACUUUCAAAUAAUCCACACUGUUACUUAUACUUACUCUUUUGUUAUUAGAAAAGGUAUUUGUAAUUGUGUUACAGAUGUCUUGUACGAUACAUAUACAAUGUUUACAUAAUACAUAACGUAAUACAAUUUACACUCCAUUUAAGUCAAACAAAAUAACACAAAAUGCAAUUAUAACCAUAAAGUUUCCAAGACAAAAUUGUAUGUGUUUAUAUUUUGGAUACUGAUAAAAGUGUAUAAAUCAUUUUGGGUGUUGAACCUUUUGUAUAAAUAACAAAAAACAACAACAACCUCAUCUCAUCUCAUCUCUCUUUAUUUACCAAACAUUAUAAAAGUCCAUACACUUAAAAAUUGUACAUG